AUGACGAAAGCUUUAGUAGAUUCUCUAGCGCGAGCAGAAGAUAAUUCAGAGGAUAUUGAUCUUACGAUGAAUUGUCUUAUGCAAAUACAGCAGUAUGUCAACGCUAAAUUCUUCUCUGGUCAAAAUGAAAGUCAAAUUCUCGAAGUUUUUUCGCAAAUAUGGAAGUUUUUGUUGUUUGCAGCAAAUAACAAUACUGUAUCUGUUCGACUUGCCACAUAUAAAACAGCCGGACUCUUCUUGUUGAAAAACACGCCAUUUUUUGCAAAAGAAGUAACAAAGUCUUUCUCAGAGACAGCAACGCAAACGACUAUAGAGAUCAAAAGCUCAAUUAUUCUUGCAUCAUCAUUCGCUUUUAUCUGCAAUUUGAUUCCAGAAUCAAAUUUGAAAGAUUUCAUUGAAAAUACUCCGAUUUUUCAUCAUUUUACCGUCGUUGACCCUGUCUUCUCUGAUCAUUUGUCUACUGUUAUUUCGAAGCUAAAAAGGCUCGAAUUGAACUGGAUGAGGUCAUUAUUACUUUCUUAUCUCGAUGUUUUAGACCCGCAAUCCGAGAGAUACUUGUUCAAAUCAAUUUCCGCAUGUGUGAAGAACUUCAAGCACAAACUCAUGCCAGAAGUCUUAAACUACGUUUAUAAACAAGAAAAUCCUUCAAUUCACUUGCCAUUACUAUCCUACAUUUUUACAGCGGUUCCUAUGAAUACAAACGAACUAGAUCUCGCGCGACUAGCCGAAAUUAUCUACAAUGUGCUCACAGACAAGAAAGAACACGAGCAAGCAAUAAUUGACAGUAGUUUUCACAUACUAAGCUUACAAUCUAACUCUUUUAAGACAGUUUUCAAAGAAGUCAAUAGUAAUACUUUAGAAUUAACAAUUGAAACCAACAAAAUUUUAAAUUGCAAAAUUAAUUACACAAAAUACAAUUUUAUGCCAUCAUUUUACAAGAUGAAACUUCCAUUUGACAUGUUAGUACCCAAACAAAACGACGCAGUAAUGAUUAUUCCGGCAAAAAUUAUUACAUUAGGUACAUUAGCAACACAGAAUCAAACUGAGUACUUAAAUAUACUCGAUUCGUUCAUUACAGAUAAAUUUGAUGAUAGAUCUGAUGCUGCGUGCACUUCUCUCUCAAAUUGUAUUAAUAAAUUAGAAAUUACAAAUCAAUUAGCACAUUUAUUUACAAAAAUAGUAUUUGCGAAACAGACAUCGUGGUUCCAUUCACUCAGUAUCCUCAAAUUAAUCAAAGCCGCUUCAAUAUCAACAGUUAUUUCAUUAAUUGGAGCCGCAAAGAUAAAUGAUAUAGUUAGUCUCAUUAUUGAGCUUUGUUACAACUUGAAUGAUAACGUUUCAUCGAAAUCUCUUCAAGUUUUGGUCAAAUUUAUUCGAGAUGAAGAUGUUUCUUUAGUUUGUAACAAGCUGAUGCAGAAUCUUGACUUAACAGAGAGUAUGAAUUUCGCAACUUCGUUCAAAAUCCUUACAGAACUCAAGAAAUUCCAUCCUCAUGCAGAUGAUCCUUCAAUGGUCGCAAUGGUCGACAUCGCAUGCGAAUAUUUAUCCAUGUUCAGAUCGGAUUUUGCUACUGCCAUCGUUCUAAUGGAGUUUCUUUCCUUAUGCGACUUGUCAAACGCCCGUCCCUCUUUAGUUUCGGAAGUUUUCUAUAUUGUUUCGUCAAUAUCAUACGCUUCUCUUGAGUUCUAUUCGGGUUUGGUCACUUCAAAAGCAGAUACAUUUUACAUAAAUUUGGUUAAUAGCGAUAUAUCAUCGAAAAAUGUUGAUAUUAUAUCGGGAAAUGCAUUGAACUAUGAUUCUUUCUUAGCACCGCUCUUGGCUUCUUUGAAAUUGUUGUUAAAUAUCCCAAGAUUGUUUUCAAUGGCUUCUGUGGUGACAAAUAUUGCAAGGCAAGUUGUUAAGAUUGCUCCAUAUGAAUCAUCAUUACUAUUCAUUAAGUACUGGGAUGAUUUGCAAACGCAAGAUAAACAAUCUGCCUUAUUAAUGCUUCCUUCGUUCAUAAAACUAUCAAAUUCAAAGCCAACUGUUGCUAAUUGGUGCACAUUAAUGAUCGCUUUUAUAACUGAAAGGCAAAUUUCCCAUGAAUUGACAGAAACAAGAGAUUGUCUUGGAGAACUAUCAGAUAACUUCUUGAACCAACAGGAUAAACUCACAGAUGAAGAGUUAACUGCAUUUAUUGCAUAUAGAUCUGUCUUUUAUUAUGAUAAGGAAAGAAUUGAAAAAUUAAUUUCAACUUUAGAUGAAGAAAGGAAGCAAAACGUUGCGGAUAUUAUGAGUAAGAGGGACUCUAAGAUUUACAUGAAGUUCUUUGAAGACAAAGAGCUGCCAACUCCAAGAAAUGAAAAAAUAUCUCAAGAAACAAUUAACAAUAAUGAAAAGGCGAAGCUCAAUAUCGACUACAAUGCUGAUUAUUCUAAGGAUUAUACUAGCGAUAUGAACUCUCCUUUGAUUAUUGUUCAAAUGAAACAAAAUCUUUUUGAUUUUAAUGAAGAUUUUUUGAAUUCAUUGUAUGUGGAGUACUGCAGAGAAGACAGAGAAAAGGAUUUCGGUAUAUUACUUGACUAUUGCUCAAAGAAAAAUAUAAAAUUAAAAAUUCACAACGCAUGUAUACCUCAUAAGUUCGAUUUGAUGAUGAUAAACUACUUGCAUGAUGUUAAUUCACCAGAUUUAGAGGAGUUCGCGUUCAAAGUCAUGAAACAAACAAAAUCCAGAGAAGUUUCAAUUUUAGUUUCAAAGAUUUUCCCAGAAAAGUUCAUUGAAGAUGUCACAAAUAACACAAGAAAGAGAUCUAUUGUCAUAGCUUCGAUGGCUGUUCAAGAAAAUCUUGAUUUACCAGAAGAUAAAUUAAUGAACAUCGUAAACGAAGAAAUUAAGAGAGAAGACACAUCAACAAAGAGGUUUUGUACUACAAUAUUACUCAGUUUACUGCUUUUGAACAAUUUAAGAGGAGUUCCUCAAAUUUUUAUUCAUAAUGUAAUGGAAAAACUAGAAACAAAGACAGAUAUACCACUUGACUUUAUUUCCAGGUUCUAUUACUACUAUUCUACCAAGUUUGCUUUGACUCCUGACCUUCAAGAUACAAUUCAAUUGAUGAUUCCUUCAUUACCAGUAAGUUCUACGCCAAUAUUGUAUUACAUCUCUUCUCUUAUGAACGCAGACCACGCGGCUUGUAGUUCCCAGUACUAUUCGAUCUUAUCUCAAGGUUCAUUAGAUUCUGAUAUACCUUCUGUUAUCUCGCAAGACAUCAAAAUGAUAGAACUCAUCAUAGACAACGCAACGGAACAAAGGAUUGAGCAAACGUUGAAAGAUACCCUGUUUAGAAUUAUUCAAGUCCAUAUACGAUUGAAUUUCAAUCCUAUCGUCGUGGUGAACUUCACAUCAUUCAUUUCGAAGGUAUUAUCGAAAUCGGAAUAUACAUCAUACUACAGAACUAUUUGUCGAGAAUUUUCUACAUAUUUCCCACUUCCUCAAAAUCCAGCAGUUUUUGACAUGAUAAAAAUUUUGCCUCAAAUUGCUUCUGCUGCAGAAAGUGGCUUUGAUAUCAUUAGAAGAUUAUCUGAGUAUCAACAAAAGUUGAUAACAUUUCCAUUGAAUGAUGUUCUUGUUCAGGGAGUUUUAGAUUUAAUGGAAGCUGAAAUAAACAGGAGUUCUCACGAUGUAGACGUAGUUCUUUCAAUUUCGAACAAAUUCAUUCAAAAUUAUCAAGGAUUUGAGGACUACACAAAUAUUUCAAUAGUUUACAAAAUGAUGAAGUUCCUCUUUGAUAACCUAUCCUCAAAUGAUGCAUUGUUAGUUAUUUGCACGAACUUGUAUAAUAUCAUUCCAAGAUUUGAAAUUUUCUUCAUUUCUUUGACAAAAGUUUUGUAUGAAAGAAAUGAUGAAAACGAUUUCAUACAGGCUUCUGCAUGGCUAUGCGGUGUGAUUAGAAUAAGAUGCCAUAAAGCUGCUGCUGCAUGUAUCAAUGAAAAAUCAAAACUUAGAACUUUGAUUAAAUUAUCGUCAUUUAGUGAAGAUUGCCCUGAAAGUGAUCAAAUUCUUUUAAAACUGUAA